GCGUCGCCGUUGCCUGGGGGAGGCGUGCGAGGCAGGACCAGUCCUCCAGCGGCCGGGUUCGCGCCGCGGUCGCCGGCUGCUUACGUGGGCGGGCCCAGUGUGCGGCUGCGGGUGCGGGUCGCUAUGGCGGUGGACAUCACGCUGCUAUUCCGGGCCAGCGUCAAGACCGUGAAGACGCGGAACAAGGCGCUGGGAGUGGCGGUGGGUGGCGGGGUCGAUGGCAGCCGGGAUGAGCUGUUCCGCCGGAGCCCCCGGCCCAAGGGCGACUUCUCCAGCCGGGCACGCGAAGUGAUUUCUCACAUUGGCAAACUGAGAGAUUUUCUUCUGGAACACAGGAAAGAUUAUAUUAAUGCUUAUAGCCAUACCAUGUCUGAAUAUGGGAGGAUGACAGACACAGAACGAGACCAGAUAGACCAGGAUGCCCAGAUAUUUAUGAGGACCUGUUCAGAAGCAAUUCAACAACUACGAACAGAAGCUCACAAGGAGAUACAUUCCCAGCAAGUGAAGGAGCACAGGACUGCUGUAUUGGAUUUCAUUGAAGAUUACUUAAAAAGAGUAUGUAAACUUUACUCAGAACAGAGAGCCAUCCGAGUUAAAAGAGUGGUGGAUAAGAAAAGACUAUCUAAGCUGGAACCAGAACCAAAUACAAAGACAAGAGAAUCCACAUCUUCUGAGAAAGUUUCACAGAGUCCUUCAAAAGAUUCUGAAGAAAACCCUGCCACUGAAGAACGUCCAGAAAAGAUUUUGGCUGAAACACAACCUGAAUUGGGAACGUGGGGAGAUGGCAAAGGCGAAGAUGAGUUAUCCCCAGAAGAAAUACAAAUGUUUGAACAGGAAAAUCAGCGACUAAUUGGUGAAAUGAACAGCUUGUUUGAUGAAGUGAGGCAAAUCGAAGGGAGAGUGGUUGAGAUUUCCAGACUCCAAGAGAUAUUCACGGAAAAGGUUUUGCAACAGGAAGCUGAGAUUGAUAGCAUUCACCAGUUAGUUGUGGGGGCAACUGAAAAUAUCAAGGAAGGCAACGAAGACAUAAGAGAGGCCAUUAAAAACAACGCUGGCUUCCGUGUGUGGAUCCUCUUCUUCCUCGUGAUGUGCUCCUUCUCCUUGCUCUUCCUCGACUGGUACGACAGCUAGCCUGGGCCACGGGGGCCCAGCACGAGAGUCCUCAUGGGCGGCCACAGACUGCGUGCUUUCAUGUACCUCCGGUGCUGGAGCAUGGUAUGACCAGCUUUUAUCACAGUGCCAUUUGAAGGGAAAGGGGUUCAGACAGACAGACGUAUUCCCCAAAAAGGGAUACCCCAGGCCGAUGGUGUUCAGCCCAUUUAGCAGCUGAAAAAGAAAACAGUGCACACCAGUGGGAGGCAGCCUGUGUAGCCCUCAUCAGGCAAGACGGACUGAAUGCGGGAGCUGGCGAUUAGCUGCUCCUAAACUUGAGGCUGCCUUGGUAGGGGGGCUGCUCCAGUAGCAGGGGCACAGCAGGCCUCGAGAGCCCCUAAUUGUCUCAGAGUUCAAAGGAAGACUGACCUUUCCCAUCCCGGUAGCUUCAGGGAAGAACAUACUUAAUAAUGUCUCUCAACAAAUGAUUACUUCUUUGUUUCCUUGUGGCUUCUUGUCUGUCUGCGUCAACCAAUACACAGACUUACUGGAUUAUAGAAGAGAAAAUUCACAUCUGCCUUGUUAAUCUAAUAAAUAUAAUUACAGCCCCUUAA